AGAUCUUAUUCCACCACGGCUGUCUUAACACUCGUGAUCUUAUCGAAAAGUAUACGCCGGAUGCGACUUGCACUCGAAAUACUACAAAUCCUCAGCGAAGGAUACAUAUGUAAGCAAGGGCCAAUCAAAUCAGGUGACUCAAUACAAGGCAGAUUUAAGUGUAACCCUCCAAAAUCAAUCCUUUGCAACCAUCAAUGCACUUCUCGUCUCUUUCCAAAGAAAUCUUUCAUCAUGGACGAGGUCAACCAACACGUGUUCAGAGCUAUUCAGAGCCUGAGAACAAUCCGGAUCGUUGUUGACGUGCCUAUCGAACUCUUAGCGCCUGGCAACUACCUGGCUUCAGCCUUCGAUUCUAUUAAGCUUUUCACGACAAGCUGGAAAGGACAUUACGCGGUCCGGGAAAUUGUUGUUGACAUUUAUCCACGGCAUGCAUACAUUGUCAUCGACACCAACAAUCACCGUUAUGACUUCGAGGUCGCUCACUUGCAGCACUUCACUAUUCCCGUUCACAUUCUUCGCUUGUCAAGGAAAAGCAAGAAUUGGUCUUUCUUUAGACGAGAAUUAGAGGAUCGACGAGUCGCGAAGGACAUUGCAGAGCUACACAGGCGCAAUGGCUAGAAGCAGCCCCCUUUCUUUGCGGAUCAUAUUAGAGGGUCUGUGUACCUCUCUCCCCGUACAACCUGAAGGCACAAUGAG